AUUUUAAUCAUUUAGAAACUGGAUCCAUUUAUUAUUGCGUUAAAUAGCAUCGAUUUUAUAGUAUGCGCCUUAAAUACAUAUAGUCUUUUAUGUGUACUAUCACACUACCAGGUGUUGAGCACACAAACUGAUCAGGACUUCCCGUUUCAUAUGAACAGCGAUGAUGUGAAGGUCCAGUGCAUAACCAACGAGACGUCCACUACCUGUCAGUUCUCCAACUCCGCCAAUAAGGACGCAGCAAACUCUACGUACGGCGUCGAGUGAACGGCCCCACCAUUUGCCCCCCAAUUCAUACGGUUUACUGUAGUUUAUGGGCACAUAUUUUUGUAAACUUGUCACCAAACAAAUAGUUCAAGCUAGUUGUAAUAUUAUAAAUGUUAUUUUUAAGUAUUUCAUAUUUUUAAUAAUUAUAAUGUUUGCC